AGAAAUACCUUGCGGCUGGCAUCGAGGAGACCCUUUUGUUUGUCGAUGACGUUGGCAACGCAGACUUCGAGCAGGAGGAAGCGGCAAUAUCCUCAACCUCCUCAACCCUGGCAGGUUACAUGGAUCUUUUCGGUGCAAAGGGAGACGCGGCUGGGGCAGGGCCAAGUUAUGGCUCGUUUUAGUUUUACUUACACAAUCUUUAUUUAGUACUUAAGUUAGUUUUACACCAUCUUUUAUUCGAAAUGCACUUCUUGGAAUAAGCAACUAAACAGUAAACGAAGAUGUGUCCUGCAAGCUAUGGGUUAUCGGUACCUCUAACCGAGGAAGAAUGGACUUCAAGGCGACAAGGUUUUUGAGAAGCCUUAUUGCAUGGUCGGCUAUACUCGAUCAUUGGGAGGCAACAAAAUGUGGAAGAAAUAUAUUGCGUCCAGUAUGUCCCGUGACCUGCCACGUACGACGAUCUAUACCUUGAUCCAAGCAGCACGAUUCGCAUCGAAGUUAAGACCACGAGUAGCACUAGUAAGUACAACUAGAGUUGUACUAGUUGUAAGUACAACUACAAGUAGCAGAAGUAUGUAGAAGUAGGCUUGCAAGUAGUAAGCACAACUACAAGAAGAGGUAGGCCCGUAAGUAAGUACAACUACGUCGAGCAGAAGUAGGCUUGAAGUUGAAAGUAAAUACAACUCCAAGUAGAAGUAGGCUUGUCCGUCUAUGACAGAAUUGUUCGCCGUCUUUCUUAAAGCCUCAAUCAGUGAAACGGACGGCGGGUCAACUCCUAUCCUAUUUUGUAUUCUAUCCUAUCCUAUCCUAUCCUCUCUUGUCCUUCUAUCCUCUCCUACCCUUCUUCUUGACGCUGUUCGUCAUCUCUCUCGUAGCGUGAAUAAGUGAAACGGACGACGGGUCAACUCCUAUACUAUCAUAUCCUAUCAAGGCCUCUCCUAUCCGAUCCUAUCCUUCUAUCCUUCUAUGACAGUGCUCGCCACCUAUCCUACCCUAUUGUAUCUUACAGUGUUCAUCACCUAUGUAUCCUAUCUUAUUCUAUCCUUCUGACAGUGUUGAUCGCCUAUUUUCUAAGAACCGUGGUAGGGAUGGCACGUGCGGCAGGCGCACUGGAAAACGCGGCUCCGACAGAAGAGGGCGAGAUGACAAGUGUGGCUGAUCUCGAAAAAAAACUCCGCGAUGCAGGAAAAGGUGCAGAGAACGAUGAUAGACCAUUGAAUGUUAGGAGGAUACUAAUAAAUUUACUCGAAAACUAAAAAUAUCCGAGUUGCUGACUGAAAUAAGGGAGGUAGCUUUGACAGGGCUACUCUUCCUUGUUCAGUAUCUCGCUUAUUUUAAGUAGUUACUCGCUUAUUUUAGUUUAUCGAAUAGAUAGAAUAGACCACUGAGUGGUAGGAUAUUAAUAGACCACUGAAUGUUAAGGCUUAUUCUUAUAGGGUUUACGCUAAUCAUUAGCAUUUUUUCCUAGGUCGUGCUUAUAAAUAGUUAUAGGAUCAUGGCUUCCCAUUACCCUACUGGGCUACUUAGAGGGUUUGCCCUUACCGUAAUGUUGGAUAAUGGCCUUAGCCUUACCGUAUUGUGUUCUAAAGUCGAUGAUAUUUUAAAGUUAAGGCUCCUUGUAGGUGGGCGGUUCACCUUUACCCUAAUGGUCGUGAUGCUGAUGGUCCAGGUCUAUUUUCUAAAUAGGAAAACAUCCUGACCAUGCAUGGCCCCUUUUGAUUAUCCAUUUUCUAAGCAGGAAACUUUGCAAUCAGUUAGAUAGUCGACCUCUUGCCAGGCACGUCACUCAAUCAAGCAAUUAUCAAUCAGUCAGUCAAUCAAUUCUGAUCCUGCAGUAAGAGGCUACUUACUUCGCGGAGCAUCCGAAAGUGUAAGAGGCUACUCUCUUAUUUUCAAGGGGAAAAAAAUAUAAUGCAGCGCCCACCACAAAGAUCAACACCGGACACUAUAUCGCCAUUCCCUAUACGAGCAGGGCGCCUCUCCUGCUUGGCCAGGAUAAUGAUUAUAUUAGUUAGGGGCGAUUAAUAUCGCCGAUACUGUCUUAUUCUUAAGAGGGGACCUAUCCUUAGCCUAAAGCGAUACACCUAUCUCUAAUCCUGAGCUCAUUAGCGAGGCUCAAUGUCCGGGAACAUUGGCUGGAAAAGUAGCCUCCGCUGCAAGGGUCGCUGCCCUGCGAGACCGACGGCAACUCUCUUCUUAAGGCUGCCAAUCUUCCAUCUUCGGAUGGAAGCAUCUUGUAACUGUUUCACCGCAGCUUCUAGGUCUAGCGCCUUAUAGAUGAGAGAUCACAAAACCAGAGCGAGAGGACUAGUAAGAACUUGCAAGAAUUCAGUAAGAGCAUUGGGCUCCAACAUUUGAAAUAAAGAAGCUGCUCCAGGGAAGUAGAUGAAGUUGGAAUCGAAUAUAACACGGAACUGCGCGGUCCUUCAGUGGCGGCGAUCGGUCUAGUGUAACUUAUAGAGUAGAAGUUAGCGUAGCGCCACCAGCUGUAGGUCGUAGUUGUGUUUUUGGCUCAUCAGUAGCGCUUCAUACAUAAGGGUGAGCAGCUCUAAUCUUCGCCUCAGAACUGGAUCGCCAACGACAAAAGAUUUGCCAUUCCUGCUGUCAUUUUCGGAAUCGUUAUGGAGGCCACUUUUGCGAAGGCUGCUUACACGAUUGGCUUCGCAGUAAUGCAUGCGGGUCUUGUUGCGCUUUUCAAGGCGCUCGGGGUUACUAUUUCGCUUGGUGUCCCUGGUGGUAUCUUGAUCGCGGGCACCGCUUUGUUCUUAAGUGUCGUCGUUGAAGCAUGAUUUGGAUUUCAAAAUAUAUUCCCUACUUGUACUACGGUCUAUUUGGCACUACUUUACCUAUAAUAAUAGUCGCAUCUUCUCUUUUUGAUUUUCUCUGUCUUCUUUUAGUUAGGUUGGCUCCACCAAUAGCCUGUCAUUAUACUAUACUCAAUAUAUAUGUGUUGCGGCCAGGAGAGCAUCAAAAUUAGACUAGCCAUAAGGUAGCCCAAUGGCUAGGGUUUUGGAUGAUGUUCUUCAUCAUCCUCCGCAAUGUCGCCCCUGUCCUGUGACUAGUGCUAAUCUGCACAAGCACAGGGCAAAAGUGAGAAGGUAAAGCGUUUGGCCUGUGUUGUUGUCAAGUACGAAGAUCCCUGAAGCUUGGCGCCUUUCAUCUGGCUAAGCUAACUAGAUCCGGGCCAACUAUCUCACUCAUCAGCUUACUCCUAUCCUGCACACGCUUAAGGCCUUAAGGCUUUGAGCGUGUUGCUGUUGAUGAUGAUGCUGAUGGUUUUGAUGCUGUUGCUCUUCGCUCUGGUGUCGUUAUGAUUAUCUUGCUCUUGUUGUUUCUUUGAUCAUGAUGCUCGGAAGUCUUUAAGUUGUUGACUUCAGUACUGGCUAUGCUCAUGCUUGGGAUGUUUCAUAAUUUGGGGAUCGACAAUAUGCAAGACAAGCGUCAAGAUGUAAGUAGACGGCUUCAAUAUGAACUACAGGCGUUUCAACAGACUGCCGCUAGCUCUAACGUUCGUAGGAAAUAUGCUGUGCAACUGGGCUGCAAAUGUUCGGCAGAGGCUUAUCAAGACAUGGCUCGCAGACAACGUCUUCUUCUUGAAGUUCCGAGGGGAAGACACGUCCUCGAUCGACCCUCCAUACCAUCUCAAAAAGCUGAAUCGCCCUUGGAGGGAGCCACUCAACCCAGCACAUUAAGGAGGGCCAUUUUGAUUCCCGAGAAGGAACAGCUGCGUCGACAUUUUUCUACUAGUUUCUUCUGUUCUUCGUUUGGCUCUUCUAACGAUAGUUGAUAACUCACGCAGAAGCAGCUCUGUACCCUUGGCCUGGCGCAGAUGGCGACUUCGAGGUGGAGCAGGUGGAUCAUUUUUUUUAUGAGAUGAUUUCAAAUAUGAUUAGACAUGAACAAGUCCUGUUUCGUGGGUUCAAGUAUGAUUAAGAAGAAGAGUACUUCUUGAUAUAGUUGAUAUAUAUUAAAUAUUAUGAACAUCAAUGUUUGUCUGACAACCGUUGUAAGACCCUUGCCCCACCCUUAGACCCCCCCUUUGAACCGUUACGAAGACCCUCAUGACCCUUACGCGUCCCCCUUGGGAUACCCUUUCAGACCCUUGCGACACCCUUACAGCCCCCCCUUACAGCCCCCCCUUACGGCCCCCCCUCACAGCCCCCCGGGUUCAAGUAUGAUUAAGAAGAAGAGCACUUCUUGAUAUAAUUUCUUUGAUGAAGAUUGUUUUCUUUUACUUUUGCUUUGUCGUGAGUGCCGCCAGCAGAUCAACUACAACGGUUAGGGCUAGAGCCUAGGUCUAGGGCUUACUGGGUUAGGGCUAAGUCAGGGCUCUUGUUCUAGUAAUGAAGUUCGCAAGAAGUGAAUACCUUCACCUCAUGAUGCUCGAAGAAGUGGAGCACUAGUGUUUGUGUUUAUGUUCUCACCCUGACCCUCUUCUGAUACAAAUAAUCUUGAUCAUGUAAACUGUAGUUCUCUGCCUGGUCUAAUUUUGUUCUUUUGCCAUGUGGCAGGACCAGCUGUACUUGAGCAAGCUGUUUAGGG